CCUCGGCAGAAGAAGGUCCGGGCGACGGUGCGCAGGCGAGGCCUGGCUGCUCUGGUUCGCUUCCUCUUCGGCCCUCCCCGGCUCCAGCCGCAGCUGCUUCUCCUCCCCGAUUCCCCGUGGGAAUCCCCUGAUCCCUUCUCCGCGUGUUUUCUCCUCGGCAGAAGAAGGUCCGGGCGACGGUGCGCAGGUGGUCUGGAUGAUAACGAGAGAGUACACAUGAGAAUCCUGCAGACCAUUUACAAGAAGCUGACCCGCUCCAGGUUGGGCUGCCCGCGCUACGGGGCGCACUGGGAAGAGCUCGGCUUUCAAGGUGCGGAUCCCGGGACCGACCUGCGAGGGACAGGGAUGCUGGCCUUGAUGCAGAUGCUGUUCUUCGUCAUGGACGCUCAGACGCUGCCUCUGGCUCAGGAGAUUUUCACCUUAUCCCAGCACGAAACCCAGAAUUUCCCCUUCUGCAUCAUGUCUGUGAACAUCACCCGCAUCGUCCUCCAGGCCCUGAGGGAGGAACGACUCUCCAGGGAGUGCAACCGCAGGCAGCAAGUCAUCGCCGUGCUCAACGACCUGUACGCGGCAGCCUUUCUGCAGCUCUACCGCGUCUGGAAACGGCAGCACAAGACCAUCGCUGACUCCGGCUUCCUCCUGAAGGAGCUGGAAUUAUCCGCCAAAAAG